AUGGAGGAGGACAGUUGGGACUUCUUGCUGCCCUGGUGUCAUCGAGUCUCCCACCGUCUACGAUAUGUGAAGGGUGCGCUGGAGGAUGCACCCGGGCAACGUUUCCGCGGAAUUGAAGCGCUGGGGCUGUUAGCUGCAGUGGCACACGUCGACAAUGCCGCGUACAAGAAAUUGCUAGUGGAGAAUGGAAAAUUGACAGUGGGAAAGCAAGAGGAGCAGUUCGAAGGGGAGGUCAUGCCUCGAUUCCAAUUGGCACUUGUUGAUAACGGAAUCGACGGCGAUGGAGAACUCUUGAAAGGAAUCAUAGAAUUUUGUGGUACAGAACAAUACUCUGCUCAAAGUGCAGAAUACAAGAGAACUUUGGUUAAAAUUGCAGCAAGAGGUGGCAUGAAGCUGUGCACUGGGUCGACGGAGAUUGAGAUCCCGGUAUCAGUGCAGUUGGGGCCGUGGCUUACGACCAGUAGUCAAGAGAUGAUUGCGUAUCUUCGAAAGGUACAGGAGACGAUUAGAACGAUUCGGUCGCAGUGGCGGCAAUACGUAGACCGAGAUCCCCCUCGACUGACUACCGACGGUAUCCGGCUGUCUGGACUUGCGUUGAGGGAAGAACUCGGCUACCAAUUUACAGCGACUGAAAAUUUAGAGAAAGCUCGACAAACUGUUGGGAAGUUGAUGUUUGGUUUGUUUGGAGGUGUGAAGAAAACGGUAGAAUUCGACAGUAAUUUUGACUUUGAGGCGACUAGCAUGACUGGGCCUUUUGCCGCGGAAUAUGGAUACAGCCACCAGCUCGCUAUUGCCUCUGUGCAUUUUGACUGCGAGGCCAUGCAGAACUGGGUCUUCGAACGCAUGUGUUCGGCUGUCGCCGUGAGCCAGACAACGAAGUAUCUGUCGUUAGGGUUGGAGCUGGACGAUGGAGACAGUGACGGUGACGAUCAUGACGAUGGCGACUGGGCACUUUGUCGGUGGAGGUGGCAGUGGAUUCUUUUCGCCUGUUUCUCGGAGAGAUCCCGUCUUCAUUCGCGGCUUGAAAGUCUCACGCUUCACAAUGCUGUGGUUACUAACGAAGUCGUGAAGGCUAUGGCAGCGGUGCUGGCGUCAGAUGCACCCGAAGAAGGUCUGUUCGGGUUUUUGAGUCAUUCAAACGAUGCAUCAAUUGACAUUUGUAUCAGAGCGGAAUCAACGAUAAAGGAGAUCUCGGGAGUGAGACUGCUGAGUGAGAUCGAUGCCAGUGGCUGGAUAAAUGUAUUAAUUCCUGGCUUCGGAAGAUGCCAAGUACAGCGCAAAAGCUUAUUCUACAGAGAACUCACGCUUCCGCCCAACGGACUUGCUGGUAUGCUGCUACUUGUUGGCGCUUCGCUCACACAUUUAACUCUCAAGCUUGAAAGCUUCAAUACGAGUGAGCUGGAAGGCAUCGUCGCAAGCUGUCCCAACCUGAUCGAGCUAGCAGUAUACACUCACACCAUUGAGAUGCGCUUUUGCCUCCGCGACACCAACCACCGGGACUUGACACUCGACUCGUCAUCGCAUUUAUGGUUUUCCUGGGAUAUCAUAGGGAUCGCUGAGGCUCUGUGCGACAGUGAAAAUCUACUGGCGAAAUGUACCCGACGCAUGCGAGUUCGACUGGACCAGAAUGUAUUCAAUCGUCCGUAUAAUGAGUGUUAUGCUGCUUUGGCGAAGAUGCUCGAGGUAAAUCGCACCCUAGAGUAUCUGGAUGUUGUUGCCCAGCGUCCUCACUUUUUAAGGCACUCUAACAAAUUCAAGGCGCGACACUUUGAAGCUCUCCCUGUGAUGUUGUCGGCCCUCUCUAUGAAAUGUAGAGCUGCAUUUCUGAGUGUCAUGGGUACGAGACGUAGUGAACGGCGUGAUACCAAGAAGAGGAGGCAGUUGCCCUUGCCUAUGCUUAACCAGCACGUGCUUGUUGGUAUCUUCGAAUACGCGGCACCACAUGUAACUCGCCGAGUCUACUGUCGAGAAUACGAUUUCUUCGAGACUGGACGCUACUUCGUACUAAUCUGA